UGUUCAAACCGCUGAGAGAAAGAGGGAGAGAGCGAGUCAUACUUUCCAAAAACUCACCAUGUGUAAUUUGACUUCACUUGCACCAGCGACGGACUAAACUGCGUACGUCUCCGGAAUUUUCUUCUAUAAGGCCCAGUAGCCUUGCUUGCCAGGCUAAUAGACACACUGCUGGGGAACAAGACUAGUCCAGCUACAUUGUGAUGAAGUGGCUCCACGAUGGAACAACUAGCUGGGCUUGGCUCUGCCUCUCCUAUUGCCUCCUGAGUGCCUGGUACCCGGUGGGGGCAGAGGUGGGACCCACGCCCGACCCUGAGUCAGGGGAGCCCAUGCAGGGAGACUGGGAGUGGGGCUCUGGUUCCUUCAACCUCCAGGAUCUACUCCAAAGCUUCCCCGCUGACAGCCCUUUUGUGACAGAGACUCCGGGGAAUCCUGUCAACUGCUCCCAGCGCUUCUGGCUGCCCUCUGCCUCCCCAGUCUGCUGGGACGACAUCGCCGGGCCAGAGGAGUUUGAGCAGUCUCGUCUGCUGGUGCUCCAGAAUAGGGCGGCCCUGCAGGCGGUGUCCCUGGCCAGCGAGGUGGUGGUAGAAGGGGGAACUUCAGCCUCGUUUAAACAGCAGGCCUUGGAGGACUUGCGGGUGGUGAGGGCGGACUACCUGAACGUGACAGAGACGACAGAGACCAUGCAGAAGGUGUUCCUCACACUGGAGGAGAAGAGGAAGGAGGGGACUGAGCACUGGACAUUCUCAAGUAUAAAGGAGCACAUUGCCAAAACGAAGGACUCCAUCAACGGAAAAGACAACGUGGCAGCCCUCCUAGAGAAACAGUUCUCUAGCCUAGAGAAGUCUUUACACAUCAUGCAACUCCGACUUGACAAACUAAUGGCACAGUGAAUGAUGUGUUCUUCAGGAUAUUUUUUUGUCAGCUUUUGAAUGAACUGUACCAUCAUGUAAUAUAUCCCACUAACAAUGCAUGCAAACUCAGGUUAAAAAAACCUUUACAAAACAUGAGGUGCACUUUCUUUGUAUAUGAACUAGGUAUUUUAUUCUUCCGUAGUCACAUUCCUAUUAGGUGUAUUUUAAUCCUAUCUGAAACCCAAACUGCAUGCAAAGCCUACAGCAUCAGGGAGAUUUUGAUGGAAAUAAAAUCUAUUUUUAUACUCAGCAUGCACACCUGUUCCAGAAAGAGAUGUUAUUUAUUGAAGUAAAACUGUGUGACACUCAUACAGUGUGGUAUAAAAUUGUAACAUUUAUGUAAAUGCUUUGUUGCAACAAGGUGAAGACAAUAGAACACAUAGGGAAUGACAAUCUGUAGAGCAUGAAGAUUUUAUUUUCAUUAACUAAACUAUGGAACACAAAAACAUCCAAAAGGCAAGUCUCAAUCGUUAGAUGGGAUGAAAUUGCUGUUAAACACUUGUAGAAAAUAUAUACACAGCGGUUCAAGUUCAGUGCAUUCUUUCCAUUUUUGAGACCAUACACGCUAGCAGUUACAGUAGCCUGCUUUAUAGUUCAACCACACACAGUGGCAUAUUUAGACUUUGAUUUAAUAAAUGUAGCAUUGUCUGUGUGAUGAUUUUUUUUCACAUAAACCGAAAUAUUGCAAUGCCUGUCCUCGUAAAUUCACCACAAUCUGAGAGGAGCUGUUACUAAAAAAUGAAAUUAGAGAUUCAAUAUUAAAUUAGUGCUGCCUGCAACCACCCAGUACUGAAACUACCAAUGGUUUUGACUGAGUAAUAUGGUAAAUAUAUCACAUUAAACACA